AUGGCAAAGCCCGUAGACAUGUCACCAGCUUCCAUAAUUCCUGAAGUUAAUUAUAAGGAUUUGUCGUAUCUGCCCCCUCCGGAACCUUACUAUGUGCAGGAGGGUCUUCGCGAGAAGUUGAUUAGGAAGACUAAGGAGAAUCCAUUUGUGCCGUUAGGAGUGAUUUUUACAACUGUGGUUCUUACAGUGGGGAUUAGCACCAUGCGAUCCAUCAGUGGGCGUAAAAGCCAGAUGUUGAUGAGGAUGCGAGUCGGCGGGCAAGCAUUUGCUAUCUUUGCAAUGCUUGCUGGAAUAUACUUCAAAACAAAGAGUGAGAAAGCAAGCCAGUAG